UUCGUUUCGAAUGUUGGUAUCUCUGCGGUGGCAAAAAUUUGUUUUGACAUUUUUUUGACGUCUGCUAAAAAUUUUCGUAUUUUCCAAUUUGCAUUCGCAUCCAUAUACGUCUGUGUCAUGGCUGUCCCCAUAUAGACUCCCCCGAACCCCAUUUCACCCAACAAUGGAAAGCGAGCAAAACCCAGACGGCGGAAACGAGACAACUCACAAUGGCCCCAUUCAGCUCAAACAACGGGAUUCCCGCAGAUGCUGCUGGGUAUGUUUUGCAACCGAGGACGAAGAUUUAGACGCACUAUGGGUACAACCUUGCAAAUGUCGUGGUACCACAAAAUGGGUUCACCAGUCUUGCCUCAAGCGGUGGGUGGAUGAGAAAGAGAAAUCAGGCCAUGGGGGCAAAAUAGUGUGCCCGCAGUGUCAAACCGAAUACAUUAUUGUCUUCCCUAAUAUGGGUUUGUUUGUGUUGUUGUUGGAUACCGUGGAUGGGAUUAUUUUUCGAGGGUCUUUAUUUCUGGCGGCGGGGAUUGCUGCAAGUGCUAUAUACUGGACGGGGGUUACAUAUGGAGCUAUAACUGUGAUGCAGGUGAUUGGACACAAGGAAGGAAUUGACUUGAUGGAGCAAGCCGAUCCUCUGGUUUUGUUGUUGGGUUUGCCUUCCAUCCCUGUUGCGUUAAUUCUGGGGCGUUUAAUUUGUUGGGAAGACGCCGUGUUGAAUUUCAUGCGGCGCCAUUUUCCUAAGAUACCGGUAAUUCAUAAUGUACUGCCAUUCAGGGGAGAGGUUCUACAGAGCGAAACACCCACUGACAAUGAUUUGCCCCCAAUUAGCAGUCCGGUUUCUGCAACGAGAAUAUUAUGUGGGGCUUUAAUCAUGCCUACCAUUGCAAAUUUGUUUGGGAAGUUAUUUUAUAGUUCGGUCAAGUCUAAUUUUCAUAGAACCGUCUUAGGAGGACUUACGUUUAUAACAGUGAAAGGGUUUUUGAGGAUAUAUCACAAACAGCAGCAAUACAUCAGACAGUGUCAACGCAAAAUUUUAGACUACACAGAGGCUAAUAUUUCAACAUAUUUACAUCAUAGCAGGAGCACUGACUAAAGCUUUGUAAACUAAUAGGUGAAAUUGUGAGAAUUUUUAACAGUUUUUAUUAUAGUUUUACUAGAAGUUGUUAAUGUUGCAUUCCUUUGAUUUCAUGUAGAACUGAUAUAUAUAUUUUCUCAAAUUGUUAAAAACUCGGGGUUUAUUAAAAAAGUGGAUUUUUCCAUCAUUGACAAAUACAGUGAUUUGUUAUUAUGUUUUAA